AUGGACGACUACUUGAGGCUUGUCGACGCCCUCAGCCACCGGCGCCACGCCGACGUCGAUACCUGGAUCAUCGAAUAUGUCAGCGACACCGACGAGUACAAGGACGUGCCUGCCAAUACUUCCCAAUGGACGUACUUGGUGUACUGUGCCCUCCUUCUCUAUACGUUUCCGGCGCUGACCCCCGCCACCAAAUUGCGCCAGUGGCUCGACCAAUUGCCUAAACUUGAUGAUAUCUCCAUUAACAAACAGUGGGACAGUCCAGAAAUGGCCGAGAUCGCUACUACAGCGCAAAAUCAGUACGAUUUCACUGGCUCGUUAUCCUCAUUUGUCGAGGCGAAAUUGACCCACGAUCUGGCCUAUCUGCUGGACGUGAACAGCAUGGUCCCGAUUAUCGACUUGGCUCUUGAUAAUGAAGCCCUUAAUCGCCAAUACCACGGCCUUUUGGUGCCGUUCCGCUACUACCAUACUCACGCUGAGGACCCGAUAACCCUCAAAAAAUUCCUUGAAAAACGUCACAACCACCAAACAGUGUUCACUACGCUUGUGGAACCACUCAACGGAGAGCCGGUGGCGCUCGACGCGUGGCUACGCCAGGUAUUGCUCCCCGUAGCCCACUAUUUUGGCGACGACUGGAAUCCGCUCUGUCAGUGGUUAUUCGGUGAGCAAACCCUCUACAUCAGUGGCCAGGAGGUGGUGGACUACUUUGCCAUGCUCCACCGCGUGAUUGCGGUGCUUGUCGACUCGCAAAUCGCGCUGGAUGCCGUCGUCGAGGGCUACUUGGCCGCCGCGUACUACUUCUCCCUCUGCCAACGACAAGGAGACAAGUUGUCAUCGCAUAAGCUCGUCACGGUGUACGAUACCAUGGCGCUGACGUUGGCGAAAUUGGUGAAAAUGACGAAACCGUCGGGUAACCCCAUCACCGCUCCCACGGUAUCAGUGGACGAAAUCGACUACUCUACACUUCCUGAGUUCAUCGCUGACCCUAACAACCCCAUCAGAUCAUCGUUUUCGCCGCCGCUGCUUGAAGCCGUGGAGUAUCUCGCCGAUCUCGUCCGCCACUGCCAAAAGAUGUCGCUGACGUGCCUGUUAAACAUCCGCAAACUGAUGGUAUACCAACAGGGCCAGGCCCAGGAGCAAAUUGACCGUGAUGUCGCUCGGCUUACGCUGAAUUUGACCCCGACUACCUGGCGCCACUGGUGGGAAGCUACCGACCAAUUGAUCACGGCAUUUGUCCCUGAUUUAGACCACCAGGCCCGCCUAUACAAACAAGUGAUUGAGCGGUGUCUUUUUGCUAACUUAUUUGACGCGGUCACCUCGGAAUUAUUUGACCACCACCGCCAAUUGGUCAGUGACCAGACCUGGUUCGAUUUGGUGAUUGACAAGUUCUGGCACCUGUUUGGCACCGCCACUUCUCUCAGCGAUAAACAGGGUGAACUAGCCCAUGCUAGCAAGUGUCUCGACGUGCUUGACUACAUGAGUUCCAAGGGAUUGGAGGUGCUGCCCGAAAGUAACCAACAGGCAGUUGCCGCGAAACACUUGAUGAAACUGAUCAGAAUGAUGUCCAACUACAAGUUACCGCCCAACACUACUCCCAAGACGUUGAUUACUCGUUUUACUGAAGAUCCCCUUGCCGUGGCGACGCUUAUCCUUACGUAUAACCCGAAACUGUACCUUGGCUUCGACAAAUUGUUCAAAAUUGUUAACGAUUUCGCCAUCUACGCCGACUACGCUCAACAGUCACUGACUUACCAGCCUAAGAGAGCUAAGGGACACUCCCGUAGUGUCAGUGGAGCGCUGCAAUUGUCUCAACAACCGGAGCACGGCUACUUCCCUAAGCUUAAGGCGGCGUGUGUUGAGCUGGCAUUGGCUGAUAACAACUUCCAGUGGGCCUACACUCAGCUGACCAACCUAUUCGACUAUUACCUGCCCCAGGAAAUCAAUACCAACUGGCUUACUUUCUACCAGGUGGGCAAAUACGUCGAUGCCAACGCUGAAUCCCCCUCGUUAGACGUGUUACAGAAGCAGCACCAAGUGCUCGGACGAGUAUUAGCCCUGAUGGACGCCACUAACGACUCCCAGCGCGUAGUGCUUCGCCAGUGGCAACAAGUGGACGACGCCAUUGCCUCCUUCUACCCUCCUCAAGUGCUCCAACAGGUCACCGAUGCUCUGUUUGCCACCCAUAAGGUCGACUCGUUGGCGGAAAUGACGGGAGAAGUGAACCAGAUGGCUCUGUCUCUUUUGAAUGACGCCACCACUCACUCGCACCAGGCCGGCGAGAAAUUGCUGAAAAUGUUAGUCUCGGGCCUCGGCUGGGCCAUUGGGGCAAAUAAGUGA